AUGGCCAAAAAGAAAGGAGAAGACCAGGAUUUUGAAGAGGAGCCCAAUUUUGACGACCCAGAAGGAUUCGUGGACGAUGUUUCCGACGAUGAACUGCUGGGGGAUUUUCUGAGGCAGAAGCCGUGUGAAUCGGAUGGGGUAGAAAAUGUGAUCGUGGUUGACAACAUUCCGGUCGUCGGUGCGGCACGCUUCCAGAAGCUGAACGGUAUCAUCGAGAAGCUGUUCAAGAACGCCGGCACCAUCGUGAACGUGCACUACCCGAAAGAUGAAGAGGAUAACACGAAGGGGUACGCCUUCAUCGAGUACCAGAAUCAGGACAGUGCGGAGGAGGCGGUGAAAUCGUUGAAUAAUCAUCGGCUCGACAAGCACUAUAAGCUGCUGGUGAACCGGUUUUCCGACUUCCAGAAGUAUUCGGAUAUACCGAAGGAAUGGUCUCCGCCGCAGCCCCAACCGUACAAGGUGCAGAACGAUCUGUACAACUUCUUGGUGGAACCGGACGCGCAGGAUCAGUUCUGUGUGGUGUCGGAAACCAUCCCCGGUUCGGUGCAGGUGCAGUUCUGUCAAAAUACGCAACCGGAACCGACGGAGCUGCUGAAACGCGAACGCUUCACCGAUACGUACGUCAAGUGGUCCCCGAAGGGUACGUACAUUGUAACGUUCCACAAGCAGGGUGUCAUCAUCUGGGGUGGAUCGAACUUCGUGAAGGUGAACAAAUUCCCGCAUGGUAACGCACAGUUCGUGGACAUCUCGCCAUGCGAACAGUACCUCGUGACGUACGGACCGAAUGGGCAGAAGAUCGUUAUCUGGGACAUUCGCACCGGGGCAGAGAAGCGCGCGUUCGUUUCGGACGGUACGUCAAAUGCGUCGAUGUUGCGCUGGUCGCACGAUGACCGGUACGUGGCCCGUUUAGUGGACAGCCAGAUACAGAUCUACGACACGACUACCUUCUUCCUGCUGGACAUGAAGUCCAUUAAGGUGGAAGGCAUCCGCAACUUUAGCUGGUCGCCAACCGACAACAUCAUCGCCUACUCGGUGGCUGAAGAGGUGGACGUUCCGGCAAAGGUAACACUGAUGGCCAUCCCGAAGAAGACGGAACUGCGCACGAAGAAUCUGUUCAACGUGGCCGACUGCAAGAUACAUUGGCAAAAGUCGGGCGACUAUCUGUGCGUGAAGGUGGAUCGGUUUUCCAAGUCGAAGAAGGAGAAAAAAGAUAAGAAGGAUUCGGAUGUGAAAUUCCUCGGCAUGUUCUACAACUUUGAGAUUUUCCACAUGCGCGAAAAGGACAUUCCGGUCGAUUCAGUGGAGGUGAAGGAAACGAUUCUUGCCUUCGCCUGGGAACCGGUCGGUUCCAAAUUCUCCAUCAUACAUGGUGAGCCGGCGUCCGCUAACGUAAGCUUCUACGAAACCAACAAAGGUCAGGAGCCGGUCCUAGUGAAGAAGCUGGAAAAGAAGGUAUGCAGCCACCUGUUCUGGUCACCGAGGGGACAGUUUAUCGUGCUAGCAAAUCUUCAGAUGGGUUCGUUCGAGUUUGUGGACACGAACGAUUUCAGCAUCAUGAAAACAGGAGAUCAUUAUCGCGCAUCGGAGGUAGAGUGGGAUCCAACUGGACGUUACGUUGUGACGGGAACUUCCGGAAAGGCAAAGGAAGACCAGGGCUAUUACAUGUGGUCGUUCCAAGGACGUAUUCUGAAACGUGUGAAUCUGAAGAACUUCAUGCUGUUCCUGUGGCGUCCACGUCCACCGACCUUGCUGGCCGAGGCCAAGCAAAAGGAGAUACGGAAGAAUUUGAAGAAGUACUACUCGCAGUUCGAGAGCAAGGAUCGUUUGCGAAUGACCCGUGCCUCGAAGGAACUGAUCGAGAAGCGUGCGAAGCUGCGUGAGCAGUUCACCGAGUAUCGCUCGAAACGCGUCAAGGAAUGGGAGGAUCAGAAGAAACGUCGUAUGCAGUUGCGAAACAACAUCGACACAGACACGCUGGAAGCAGAUCCAGAAAACGUAGAGGAAGAAAUAGUUGAAAUUCUUGUUCGUGAAGAUACCACCAUUAUCGAGUAA